CCACUGAACUGUUACAGUCUUUAAGAUUCUAAGGGUUCCACACUUUAGUUUAAUUCUACUAGUUAAAUGGCCUCUCCUGGUCUAAUCUGGCAAAACUAACCACCAUGAAGAACAUCAGCACCAGGGGGAAAUGCAAACAGGGUGAAGGCAGGGACCAAGUCGGUGGACUCUAAUGAAGAAGGCCAGUAAGUACUGAAGGAUGCAUUCCAAACCUACGAUGGGACAGUGUGUGGAAGAGUGAACCAGCCUACCUUGAAGGGCCUGUCGACGCUUCUGAAGGAGGCGAGAUCCAACAUGUGCAGCACCAGUGUGUAUGACCUGGAAGACAUCCCCCUGGAGGACGAUGACCCAAACAGCAUAGAGUUCAAAAUCCUGGCCUUCUACGCCAGACACCAUGUCUUCAAGAACACCCCGGCUGUCUUCUCACCCAAGCUCUCCAGAACAAGGAGUCUGUCCCAGAGAGCACUGGGGACUUGGUCAACUGAUUCCUGGACACAGGUGUCAUCGCCUUGCAGAGGUUCCCCCUCCAGCGAGAAGCACAUAAGCUUGGGCAAGAAGAAGUCAUCUUGGAGAACACUCUUCAGAGUGACCGAAAAGGAGGAGGGCCAGCCGAGCUCCCCGAAGGAGAUCCGAGCGCAGGGCCCCCAGGGCGCUCAGGGCCCCUUCUCGUUAGAGCGCCAGAGUGGCUUCCACAACCAGCACUGGGCCAGGUCCCUGUCCAGUGUGGAGCAGCGCCUGGAGAGUGAAGCUGUGGAUUCCAAAGUCGCUUGUAUUGCUAACAGAGUGGCUGAAAUCGUUUACUCCUGGCCACCACCAGAUGUCAGCCACAACCAGGGAGGAAGCAAGUUCAAUGAGAGUGUCCCAGAGAUUCUGUACUUCCAAUUCGGAGGCCUUGCUUGUGACUCUAAGAAAGAUGGAGAGGACCAAAUAAUAAGCAAGAUUGUUGAGCUGCUGAAAUACUCGGGGGAUCAGUUGGGAAGAGAGAUAAAGAAAGAUAAGGCUUUGAUGAGCAGCUUCCAGGACGGGCUGUCCUACUCAACAUUCAGAACCAUCACAGACCUAUUCCUGAGGGAUGUGGACACCAGAGGAGAGUCGGAGGUCAAAGCUCAGGGCUUCAAGGCUGCCCUUGCCAUAGAUGCCAUCGCCAAGCUCACAGCCAUCGACAACCACCCAAUGAAUAGGAUGCUGGGCUUCGGGACCAAGUACCUAAGAGAGUACUUCUCCCCCUGGGUCCAGCAGAAUGGUGGAUGGGAAAAAAUACUUGGGAUAUCACAUGAAGAAGUAGACUGAAAUAGCCAAAGACCUGUCACCUAGGGUGUUCCUGGUGCAGUCCUGUGCCACAUCAUAGACUUUAGGAGAAAAUUAAAACACAUCCAGCAGACGGAGCCCAAAAUGUCUAGAGAACCGUUCUUCUUUUGACUCAAGAGGCAUCGAGAGAGGCCUUGCUCUUUCCAGCUCACAGGACUCAGUAGCACGGACUUCACUGAGGGGACUCGAGUCCUCCGCUGAAUGUGUGAGGGAGUCCUUAAAGAUACGUGAUCAUUUUACCGCUAAAUGUUCAGAACGGAAACCAUCCUGCUAGCUACACGAGAGGAAGCAUUGGACAUGUGUCUGUCAGCCUCGUGGAGGUGAAAGGAUAAACUGUGUGCUUACUGUUUAGUCUCUAGUACUAUUUGUAUCUUACACUGCAUCUGGGAUACCCUGAUAAAUGUCUCGUGUCAAGCUUACCUUCAGGAAGACGUCCCUAUUCAUGUCAAAGAGGACACCUGAGUUUGCUGUUAUGUCUGGCUGGGUUAAGUCUUACUGACCCAUUCUCUCAAAAAAAUACUGUGGUACCUUGACAAACUCCAUUUGGUACAAAACCGUCUUCCCAACACCUUCAGGUUUCUUUGUGUGACAUACCUACACCCUACCAUUGACAGUACAUGUCAAUGAAAUUGAGAUCAAGGGCAUGUAGGUACCACAAGAAGAUACAGAGGUCAAGGGUCAACCUCAGUUGGUAGUCUUCAUCUUCCUCUUUGUUUGAAGCAGGGUCUCCCGUGCAUUGUUUCCUACCCAGGUUAGAUCGCUCAUGAGCUGCUGGGGUUCUCUGGUCUCUGCCUCCUACCUCACAGCCACAGCACUAAGGUUACUGGUGUGCGCUGUGACAUCCAGCGUUCCAGGUAGAGGCUGUAGACUCAAAUAAAUACAGGUCCUCACACUUUUGUGGCUAACACUUUCCCCCACAGUGCUACCUCCACAGCCUGGAAUACUAGGAUCCUUAGAGGUAGCACAAUUAGUAAUUAGUAAAAUAAAUAAAUUGAAAGAUUGC